GUAUCCAGUUCAAGAAUGGUGAUCAUAGCUACAUCGUAGAUGUUUACUAUGUUCCAGCCAUAAAGAACAAUAUGCUGAGUGUAGGUCAACUUAUGGAGAAAGGUUAUACUGUUUACAUGGUCAAAGGUAUGCCCUACAUUGAUCAUCCAGAUGAAGUCCGUGAGAGUUGUGUCCUUAGCAAACAUCACAGAUCGAGUUUUGCCAAAGAAGUCAACUGCAAAGCAAAUAAGCCACUAGAGUUAAUGCACACAGAUGUAUGUGGUCCCAUAAAACCUAUGUCAACUGGAUAAAAUAGGUACUUCCUUACUUUUAUUGAUGAUUUUAGCAGAAAGACAUUGAUAUAUUUUUUAAAGAGGAAGUCAGAAGUGUUGAAUUGUUUUAAAGAUUUUAAAUCAAUUGUUGCGAAGCAAAAUAGCUAUAAGAUCAAAACCGUGAGAUCUGAUCAAGGUGGAGAAUACACUUCAAAUGAUUUUGAAACCUUUUGUACACAACAAGGCAUCAAACAUCAGACAACACCAGCUUAUACACCACAGCUGAAUGGUGUAGCUGAGAGAAAGAAUCAAACGAUUCUUGACAUGGUAAGAAGUCUACUCAAAGCAAAAAAGCUGCCCGAACAAUACUAGGCCGAAGUUGUAUUAUGUGCAGUGUAUCUACUGAAUCGCUGCCCAACCAAAAGUUUGCAAGUUGCCACUCUAGAAGAAGCAUGGAGUGGUCACAAACCAAACGUUACUCAUCUUCGAGUCUUUGGUUGUGUGGCAUAUGCAAAGAUCCCAUAUGUAAGAAGGACCAAACUCGAUGAUAAAAGCGAGAAAUGCAUUUUUGUCGGAUAUGGUAAUAGAAUGAUAGGAUACAAGCUGUAUAAUCCCAUCGCAAAGAAGAUAAUUAUGAGUAGAGAUGUUAUCUUCGAAGAAGAUAAAACUUGGCAAUAGAAUGAUGAUCAAGAAGCAAUCAAAUGGAUCAGCACUGAUUUGAUCUUUGAAGACGAAGUGGAAGUACCAACAGUACUUGUAGAAGGUCCAAUAUUACCAGCAAAUGAGCCACAAAGUCCGGUACAUAUAUUCUAUGCAUUCAACAGGAGAAACACACCAUAAUCAUCAUCAACACUGCCAUCAACAUCCUCAUCAGAAAAACCAAGAAGGAUGAGAAAUCUAGAAGAGUUGUAUGAUGCCACUCAAGUCAUGAAAGAUACAACUCUAUUUUGUUUCUUUGCAGAUAAUGACCCACUUAGCUUUAAUGAAUCUGUCACAGAAGAAAAGUAGAUAGAAGCAAUGGAUGAAGAAAUACAUAGCAUUGAGAAGAAUGAUACCUAGAAGCUGAUUAAUCUACCAGAAAACAAGAAAACAAUAGGUGUCAAAUGGGUCUAUAAGACAAAGAAGAACACAAAAGAAGAAGUACAAAGAUUCAAAGCAAGUGGCAUUGACUAUGGAGAAGUAUUUACUCUAGUAGCCCGGCUAGAAACAAUCAGACUGAUGAUCUCACUAACUGCACAACAUAGAUGGAAGAUCUAUCAACUCGAUGUGAAGUCAACAUUUCUGAAUAGCUUCCUAGAAGAAGAGAUCUAUGUUGAACAACCACUUGGAUACAUUGAAGCUGAAAAUGAAGACAAAGUAUACAAGUUGAAGAAAGCCCUCUACGGUUUAAAGCAAGCUCUGCAUGCUUGGAAUACCAGAAUUGACAGGUAUUUUCAAGACAAUGGAUUUGAAAAAUAUCUAUAUGAACACGCAAUAUAUGUGAAGAAAGAAGCAGAUGACAGCAUAGUAUUUGCGUGCCUAUAUGUUGAUAUUCACCACCAACAAUCCUACCAUGUUUGAAGACUUCAAGAAAAGCAUGGUACAGGAGUUUGAGAUGACAUUGGUCUAAUGACAUAUUUUCUUGGCUUAGAAGUAACGCAGAAAGAAGAAGGAAUUUUUAUAUCUCAAAGUGGUUAUGCCAAAGAUAUUCUUGAAAGGUUCAAGAUGGAAAGCUACAAUCCGGUAUCAACUCCAGUUGAGAAUGGAGUAGAAUUGAGGAAGAGUAAAGUUGGAAAUGUUGAUCCAACGUACUUCAAAAGCUUAGUAGGAAGCUUAAGGUACUUGACAUGUACCAGACCGGAUAUACUCUACAGAGUUGGACUUAUCAGCAGAUAUAUAGAGACACCAGACCAGUCUCACUUGAAUGCAGCCAAAAGAAUUCUUUGCUACAUCAAAGGAACAAUAAAUGAGGGUAUGUUUUAUACCUUAAGUAAAUACUUCAAUCUUGUUGGCUACUCGGAUAGUGAUUGAGGUAGAGAUCUGGAUGAAAGGAAAAGCACAACAGGAUUUGUCUUUUUCAUGGGAGAUACAUCUUUCACAUGGUCAUCCAAGAAGCAAUCGAUAAUAACGUUGUCAAGUUGUGAAGCUGAGUAUGUUGCUGCCAACUCAGCUAUAUGUCAUUUAAUACUGUUAAGGAAUAUGCUGAAGCAUUUGGGAUUUCCUCAAGAAAAUCCUACAGGGAUUUAUAUUGAUAAUCGAUCAGCGAUUGCAUUAGCAAAGAACCCAAUGUAUCAUGAAAGAAGUAAACACAUUUAUACACGUCAUCACUUUAUCCGAGAGCAUGUGAAGAACAAAGAAGUUGAACUGAUAUCCUGCAAAACAAAUGAUAAAGUUGCAGAUAUCUUUACAAAGCCAUUGAAGGGAGAAAUAUUUAUCAGAAUGAAGUUCAUGCUUGGCAUGACAUCCCUCGAUUGAGUUUAAAGGGGGGAUUUGUUGCAUUAAACUCAAUCCAAAAAAGUCAAAGACGGCAACCACCACUUGCAGUCACCACCUGCAGUCACCGCCAGCCACCUUCACACUUGAAGUUUGAUUUUUCUUACUUUUAAUUUGUGUAUAACUAGACAGCUAAGUUUAUGUUAUUGUGUGUGGGAAAACAUAAGAGAGAAACACUAGAGAAAAAAAGAGGGUGUGUAUUAAGAGCUUUUGUUUAUUUUGUAAGCUUCUUGUUUUUCAAAUGAAAUAAUGUGUUUUAUCCCCUCUGAGUGUUUCAAAGCCACCACCUGUGAUUUCUCCCACCAACAUCCGAGGCAUUGAUAUGGCUUUGCUGGCAUAAAUGCUCUUUGCGAACUUUACCACACAAAUUUCAACUUGACAGCCUAGUUGUUCUUGACAUGCAGCACAGCGAAAUCAGAGAACUCUGGAAGAAGACCAAGUGUCGAAACAAUCUGAAAGUCCUCGAUCUCAGCCAUUCUAUGUUCUUCGUUAAAACACCGAACUUCUCUGGACUCCCUAGUUUGGAGAGACUAAUUCUAGAAAAUUGCAAAAUAUUAGCUGAUAUUCACCAAUCUAUUGGAGAAUUGAAAAAACUUGUUUUCUUGAAUUUAAAGGGAUGUUGCAGCCUAAAGAAUCUUCCAGAAAGCAUUUCUUACAUGACAUCUCUUGAAACUGUGAACAUCACGGGCUGCCUUGGACUUGAGAAAUUGCCAGAGCACUUGGGUAAUAUGCAAGGCUUAACUGAUCUUCUAGCAAAUGAAACUGCAGUUCAGCAACUGCCCUCUUCCAUUGGAAAUUUGAAGAAGCUCAAAAAGUUAUUGUUGUGUGGCUUCGGUUAUGUUCCUGAGUCAACCAUGUACUCACUUCGAGCAAGAUCCAGGCCUGUACCCACAAGAUAUUGUUGUUCCUCUGUCAGCCAUGUGCUCAGAAGAGAUUUUCUUCAAGCAAGGGUCAGCCAGGUUCUCAGAAGAGAUUGAUGUUCCUGAGUCAGCCAUGUGCUUAGAAGAGAUUGAAGUUCCUGAGUCAGCCAUGUACUCCGAAGAGAUUGUCAUUAAGCAACAACCUUUCCUGCCACUAUCCUUCUCUGGUUUAAGCUCUUUGACAACUCUCCAUAUUAGUAAUCGACAUUUAUCUAACAGUAAUACUUCCAUCAAUCUUGGGAAUUUAUCGUCUCUCCAGGAUCUGAAACUGGCCAGCAACGAUAUCUCUGAAUUGCCUGCCGGCAGUGGCCACCUCCCAAAGCUAGAGAAAUUGGACCUGUCAGCCUGUAGAAAUCUUCUAUUUAUCUCAGAGAUCCCCUCGAAUUUACGAACUUUGGUGGCACGUGAUUGCAUAUCACUGGAAAAGGUGUCAAUUCAGUCAAAGACAGCGCCGGGUCUGUUACUGAGUCGCUGUGGAAAACUAGCUGAGAUUCAAGGCAUGGAGAGUGUAGAAAACAAACCAGUCAUUCCCAUGGAAAAUUGUAACAAUUUGUCAAACAAUUUUAAGGAGAUUCUUCUUCAGGUUUUGUCCAAGGGAAAGCUUCCAGACAUUGUUCUCCCGGGUAGCGAUGUACGACAUUGGUUUAUCCAAUAUCAAAGAGAUAGAUCUUCCUCAACAUUUCGUAUUCCAGCCAUUUCAGUUGGUUUAAUUCAAGGACUAAUUGUUUGGACUGUCUAUGCAGACACUGGUAAAGACAAAUUGUUCAGUUUUUCUUCUCUUCGUUCUGCUUCUAUCAGAAAAAAGAACGAUAAUACUGAAUUGUUUUAUACACGACCAUAUUUUGGCAUUUCUUCAAAAGAUGAAGAUCAUUCUUGGGUGAUCUAUAUCCCAUUUAGCAGGAUUCAAGGUACAAUUGAAGGUGGAGACGAAUUGGAAGUGUCUGUCAAACCUGGCAAUUGAACUACUGUAAGGAAGUGUGGCGCGCAUCUAAUUUUUUGAGUAAGCCAGAUGCAAUGGAUAUCUGAGGAACUGUGCUGCUCAUAUGAAGAUUUGGAUUAAGCUAGAGUUUUUUCUUUCUUUUCUUUUCUUAGUUUGAUCCUACUGCAAACAAAAGUUAACAAAAUGUUACGGAACUAAAUAAGCCAGACGUAAUGGAACUGUACCCUUCUUUCUAUGGAAGUUUAGGAUUACUCUAAUAUUUGAGUUCA